AUGCCCGCAGCGGCCUCCACUGGGGACUCGGCAGGGGGGCACCCGAUCUGCUCGCCAGAGACUCUCUACACCUUUGUCGUCGGCAGAGCCCCGGGUCCAGAGUUAGGCUAUCCCGCCGAACGAGGAGAUGUGCACGGACAGGUGGCGGGUUCACUGCUCCCGGACGACCCAGUGGCUCUGGUUGACCAAGUUGAUGACCGCGACAGCGGCGCUUCGGCUCGGGCCAAGAAGCGACGCAAGGUCCAACGACGGUCCAAGGUGUCGGAGAUCUGGUUCCCAAGAGCAGAAAUGGCAUUCUGUACCUGCGUCACUGCCAUUCCCCCAAACGGGCGUACCAAGAUCAAGUUCUUUGGGCGUCCACUAGGCCGUAAUGAGCUCAUCGCCGCCAUUUGCACGCUGGCCACCCAUCGCUUGUACAACCGCAAGCAGAUAUCCAGCCACAGUCAGGUGCUCAAGGACAAGGUACCAGCACAGUUCAAAGAGAUCUUCACGUUUGAGGACAAGUCGCGCGGCCACGACGAACCGUCUGAAAGUUCGACUGCCAAUGUCAUCGAGACGUAUCAGUUCCCCGACAUCAUUUACUCCAUCAUCAACUAUCCACUAGGGACCGACCUAGCCAAUGCUCCGAAGCCGUCAUGGCUACUCGAUCUCGAGUCCGGAGUCAAUGACAGCCAGGCGCCCCCAAUGGACCCCUCCACACCUCGUGCCUACAACUACUGGAACGCGCCGCCGUCGCAGGACUACGGUUCGUACUACAGCCGUUCCGGCGGGGGCGGGGGCGGCUACGGCAAGGGCAAGGACCGCGAGGGCCGGACCAUCGGCGGAGGCGACCCGUACUACCAGUACUCGCCGCAAGGGUCCAUCCGCCAGAGCUCUGCUCCGUACCCUCCACCUCAUUCUCUACCGCCACUACCACUACCUCGUGAUCUUGAGCCUGGCCAAGGCGAGGCCCUAGGAUCUGGCCGAUUCAGCUACUCGCAGGGCUCAUCUCGCGCGCGGAUGGGCAAUGGGGGAUGGGAAGACCACGCCCGCUCCCCAACGUCAACGUCGUCGUAUGAUGCCCAGCAGUCGCAAGGCUCGGGCGUGUCGCCGCGGCAGCCGGCUGGUCCGCCCUGGUCAGAUGUCAAACCUCAAAUGUCGAACGCCGACCUCACUCUACCGCCGUUACAGGAAGUACCGAGCCCAACAUAUGACUGGAAGGAGCGGUCACCAAUCUACCCUGAGCCCAAAUGGGGCGCGACCUCUGCCCAAUCGGCCGUGCGGAGUGCACUUUCUCCACUCCCGUCCUUCGGGUCGGUGGCCAGCCAAUCUGGAGGCUACGCGGGCGGACCAGGAGGCUGGGCGGCCGACCCGCCCUAUUGGGACAGCACGUCCGCCAUCCGCGGUACGAACCGCAACGACUCGCUCUCACGUGUACCCGCGUUCACGCCGCUGUCGAUCGAGGUGACGGCAGACUCACGCAACGGUUCAGUCUCACUAACCGCAUCCGAGCCCUUGACCAAUGGCAGUCCUAUGCCUCUUGAUAACUACCUCGCGAACCGGUAUCCGUUCCUGCUCCAGAUGGCGCAGUCACCUGGAGUCGCCAUUCCAGUCUACCAUAUCGACGUCCCAGUCACCAUUCCUCCCAACGACCCGUCACGCGAGUUCUUGUUGGACAGCAUCACCGACAUCGGCCUCGAUCUCGUCUUGCACUGUCUGAACGAUGCCAGCGGUUGGGCUGUCACGACGGAUGCCACCUGGCAGAGCGCAUAUGGGCCGAACCGUCAACCCAGGGUUGUCACUCCCCUUCGACCACUAGGCGCCUCCCGCGAGAUUGCAGGAUCCGUGCGCAUGACACGCCUCGCCGAGCUCUACAACUCGUUACUGCAGAACUUGAGAACGUCGUACUACAACGCGUCUCUCGGUGACGUCGGCGUGCCCAACACGGACAUUGUCCAGCGCAUCGUCCGCGAUGGUGGUGAGGACACUCGUGGCUCUUUCGACCCUCAGCUUCUGCCUCCUAUCGGCAGUGACUGGUCGAACGCGGCGUGCAUUCUGGUCUACUCGUUGCGAGUCGCCGACGGCGCGAUGCCGUACGUCAUCACGGCGCGCGGGAUCGACUUUUCGGCACAAUACGAGACUGUGUCUGAUCAGCACAUCGCACAGCACAUUCUAGCAUCCGAGGAGCAAAAGUCGAGCUCGUAUGACUGGAUCGGAUAG